AUGGACGCCCCAACCCUCCUCGAGAGCCUCAAUGGCCCUCAGGGGUAUCUCGUGCUCGCCACCGUAGCUAUAACGACCCUCUUCCUCUUCACCUUGUACACGUUCGACGUUGAAGCCGCUGUCUACUACUACGUCGAACCACCGGAGCAAUGCUCGUCGGGCUGGAAGGGGAGGGUUCUCGAACAGCCUUCCCUCAAGAUUGCCGGCUCCAACGACAUUCAGUGCUACGCUCCCGCGACCGGCCAGUUCCUCGACCGGAUCACGCCAGCCUCCGAAAGGGACAUUGACGACUCGGUCGCGCGGGCAAGGGAGGCGCAGAAAGAAUGGAAGACUACCACCUUUGGCGAUAGGCGGCAGGUCCUCAAGACCAUGCUCAAAUUUUUGCUUGAGAACCAGCGAGACAUUUCCACCGCGGCGUGUUUGGAUAGCGGCAAGACUCGGGUAGACUCGAGCUUCGGCGAGAUCCUGGUCACAGCGGAGAAGCUCAAAUGGACCAUCGACCACGGCGAGAAGGCCUUGGCUCCUGAGAGCAGGCCGACAAAUUUCUUGAUGAUGUACAAGAAGAAUGAAGUCAGGUGGGAGCCGCUGGGAGUAGUGGCGGCGUGUGUGAGCUGGAACUAUCCCUUCCACAAUCUCGUCGGCCCCAUCAUAUCAGCCCUCUUCUCUGGCAACGCCAUCAUCGUAAAAGUUUCCGAGCAAACCGCAUGGUCAUCCCAAUAUUUCACCCGCAUAGUCCACGGUGCCCUCUCCAAGUGCGGCUACGGCUCCUUGGCCUCCGACCUCGUCCAGACCGUCGUCACUUGGCCCGACGUCGCUGGCCACUUUACUUCUCACCCAGGAAUCUCGCACCUGACCUUCAUCGGCUCGCGUCCCGUCGCACACAAGGUCUGCGAAUCGGCCGCGAAAUCGCUCACCCCCGUCUGCGUCGAGCUCGGCGGCAAGGACGCCGCCAUCAUCCUCGACGACGUGCGCAACCUCGAGAAAGUCGGCCACAUCCUCCUCCGCGGCGUCUUCCAAGCCGCCGGCCAAAACUGCAUCGGCAUCGAGCGCGUCGUCGCCCUCCCCAAAGCCUACGACCAACUCCUCGACUUCCUCACCCCGCGCGUCCGCGCCCUGCGCUCCGGCUCCGUCCUCUCGCUCGAAGACUCGAGCCCCGCCUCCAGCAUCGACGUCGGCGCCAGCAUCUCCGCCGCCGGCUUCGCCGCCCUCGAGUCCCUCAUCGCCGACGCCGUCGCGCAGGGCGCCCGCCUCGUCGCCGGCGGCGCCCGCCACACGCACCCGGACCACCCGUCGGGGCACUACUUCGCGCCCACGCUCCUCGCCGACGUCACGCCGUCGAUGCGCAUCGCGCAGACGGAAUGCUUCGCGCCCGUCUUGCUCCUCAUGCGCGCCGCCUCGGUCGCGGACGCGGUCGCCAUCGCCAACGGCACCGAGUACGGCCUCGGCGCCUCCGUCUUCGGCUCCCGCGCGCAGGACCUCGACUUCGUCGUCGACAACGUCGAGUCGGGCAUGGUCAGCGUCAACGACUUCGCCGUCUACUACGCCGUGCAGCUGCCGUUCGGCGGCGUCAAGGGGUCCGGAUACGGCCGCUUCGCGGGCGAGGAGGGACUGAGGGGCUUGUGCAACACCAAGGCCGUGUGUAGGGACCGCUUUCCCUCGCUGGUCUCGACGGGCAUCCCGCCCGAGUUGCGGGUGCCGGUGCGGGACAUGCGGCGCGCGUGGGAGGUCGCGUGUGGGGUCGUCGAGUUGGGGUAUGGUGAGAGUGUUGGGAGGAGGGUGGCGGGGUUGAGGAGAGUUUUGGGGGUUUAG